CUCGAUUAGGCGAUUUGCUGUUUUGGGGUGCGCCUAACCCGCACUUAUGAGAGAAUCCGGGCUGAGGUGUUGGUUGGUUGUAAAACCUUUUCUGCUGUACAGCUUGCAGAAAGUUGGUCUCGAAGGAAGUUUUGGAAGGAAGGAGGGAAACAAGGAGGGAGGGAUGAAGAGCGUGCGUAUUUGAGUGGACUAGAGCGUGUAUGUUCGAGUAAUCAACAACCAAUCACUGUAUUAGGGGAAUGAGAUUGUGGAAGUCAUCUGCGAUGCUGAGCAUGGUUUUGAGAGGGAGCAAGUGUUAAUCCUGUCUUUCGAGGAGGAGACAUCAUGAAGAGAGGGAGUGCAGGAAGCGUCUUCCAUCUCAAGUUCAUGCUGAAGUUGGAGCUGGCGAGACUCGUGAGGGUGACUCACAGAGUUGCUCACUGUCAGAGGUGUUGCAGGUUUCACUGAAAUUUUUGGGCACGGCUCUCUCUUACGUAGCUUCGAACUGAACUGCAGGUGCUCUUCAGCUCAAUACAGGACGCAGGUGCACGAGUACUUGGAUUUCAGCACUGGCCCAAUAGCUUAGAAAGUACAUGGAACUGGCUAUAAUGUAGAGCACACUGUAGAAAUCAUAUUGUAUCUUCCAAUGAACCGCCAUCGACAGUGAGGUUACAGUCCGAGAAUGCGAUGUUGGUAGUCGCUGUAAAAGAGCAGAAGAGGUGAUCCUGAGGACUGAUUUUGAUGAACCGCGAAGUCGGAGCUAUGGAGGCUUUUUACGAGGUUCUGCCAGUAGUGCUGAGGAAAUUGCCGUUGGUUGAUGCAAUCCGUGCGCGGGCUGUGUGCCGGGGUUGGAGGGACUGCAUAGAUGCGGAUAAAUUUAAAUUCGAAUUUGGAAAACCUUGUUCCUACUGCCCGCUUGUGUUCAAGCUCACCGACGGUGAACAUACGUGGUCAGGGUACGAUGCCACAACUCUGAAAUGGGAAUCGCUGCCCUCGCUCUCGAAUGCCCCUCGAAAUAUCUCUCUUCUCCCUAUUCUUGGAAGCGGCAACGGUUCUGUAGGUUUCGGAGUUCUCGGAAGUUAUUCAGCUUACAUCAUUGCUAACCCGUAUUUACAGAAGUGGAAGACACUACCGAGCUCACCGGACUGUUGGGGUCAUGCGGCCAUGUUUAUGUCAAGCGAUGAAUUGGGUGGUUUCCAAGUUGUUGCUGUUCGCAACGACGACACAUAUAUUUACGAGUCUGAACACGACAGGUGGAGGGAAGUUGGGCACCCGCCUCGAUGCGUGAAAGAAGGGCAAGUGAUUCCCCGCAUCAAAGACAAAGCUUGCGUUGCCUUUUGCAACAAUCGUCUGUAUACUACGAGCGCCGACGGCGACAUGCUCAUCUCUUUCGACAUGCGCACAAAGCAAUGGGCAAAUCAGAGAUUUCCUUUCGAUCCAGAUGUUUGUCAUUUCAGCGAGUCCGAAAAAAAAUCCAUGCAGCUUGUAGAGUGCUCGGGGACUCUCUUCGCAGUCACAGAAGACGAACAAAUCGGGAGAAUUGCAGUGUGGGGAAUCGGGACGAGGCUGGGGCAACUCUCACUCACAGUUACGAUGCCUUUGACGGUUCAGCAUUUCUUAAAACCUAAUCCGCCGACACCUUAUCGAAGGAGAUCGAAGCCAAAGAAAGUGAUAUCCACUGGCCACGGCCACCAACUCUUCUUCUGGCGUCAUGGGAGCUUGACCAUUAUCUCGUACGAUCUCUUUACGCACAAAUGGGACAUGCUUCCGGACAUUGCUAUGGCGAGGGCGGGAGAGGAAGACAUCUCCGAACUCCAGGUCAAAGUGGACAUUGGCUUUUUUGAGCCCUUGAACAUAGUACAGUAAAUCUCUGCUAACAGUUCCUACACCCUAUCAGCUCAACAUUUGAUGCACUGUAUGUUUCAGUAACUGUUCGUGUCUGUCUGCGCUGAAGCAAUUUCAUCUUCAGACACGCGAAUCCAAAAACCAGACCGCGAUCUGCCGUUCCCUCAGUGGAAUUCAAUAGACCCUAGUACUAGCCAUUCUUGUGCCUUGUUAACAGUUAUCUUGCCGCGGACGUGAAGGCGCAGUGCUUCGCAUAAUAACCUCCUAUCAGUUCUCGCGUGAUAGGUAUCUUGAAAACAAACAAAAAAAAAUUCAUAGUGAAAUAAUUCUUCCAUAUAAUUUACCUCCGAUUGUACUUGUAUA